AUGUAUGCAGUGGAUUGUCCUAAGGAGAAGAAGGACAGGAAUCGCGGCUGUGGUUGGACGUGCGUGAGUGAGGAACUGGAAGAAUUCAACUCAGAAACUGACAGUGACUACUCGAGCUACUGGAGAGAUUGGUUUAUUUCAUCGAGAGGGCACGAAUAUUUUUGCGAAAUCGACGAAGAAUAUCUUACGGAUAGAUUCAACCUGACUGGCCUCAAUACCGAGGUUCAGUAUUAUCAAUAUGCACUUGACCUUGUUACAGAUGUCUUCGAUUUUGAAUGCAAUGAUGAUAUGAGAGAGCAGAUUGAGAAGUCGGCAAGGCAUCUAUAUGGUCUAGUUCACGCUAGAUACAUCAUCACAACAAGAGGCCUACAGAAAAUGCUUGAGAAAUAUAAAAAGUGUGACUUCGGCCGAUGUCCUCGCGUCCUCUGCUCCGGCCAGCCUCUCUUACCGAUUGGCUUGUCUGACCUCCCGAACGUCAAAUCUGUCAAACUCUACUGUGGUCGGUGCGAAGAUGUUUAUGUUCCCAAGUCUUCACGGCAUGCUGUUAUUGACGGCGCCUACUUUGGUGCAUCCUUCCCACACAUAUUAUUCCAAGUAUAUCCGCAGUUGAUACCGCAGAAAAGUACAGAGAGGCACGUACCAAGAUGCUUUGGGUUCAAAGUCCAUGCGUCGGCUGCUUUGAUUCGAUGGCAAGAACAGCAGAGGGUGGCGCAGCGAAGACGCUUAAUAGAAGCUGGUGUCGAAGUCCCAACCCCAGAAGAAGCAGAAAGGAUGCAAGAUAGUGACGAUGGUGAGGAGGAGGAAGUCGAUCCCGCGGAAGUUGAAGAGAGGCAGCCUAGCUGGUAG